UCGAACCCUCCGAGAGAGUAUGAUCGGGAUGGGCUUCUCACCGCCGCUGCUUGUGUUCUGCAGAGAGGCGCCGUCGCGGUCGCAAUGUAUCCUUCUUCAAGCCUUUCUCCUCCGACUCGAGUAGAGGAUGUGCCCACACACACACACAUACACACAGACAGACACACCAACUCAGAUUCACACACUCACACACACGGUGGCUUUUCUGAGUCCGUCCUAGCCCGCACAAUAUGCCCGAGGCUGAGCCGAUCUGGAGUCUCUCCAUGA